GGAGAGGCUUAAUCAAGUUAUACCUAGCCUAUGUCUCUCUAACAAGUGUGUUAAGUAUGUAUCUUCAGAGGUAAUCUUGAAUAACAUGCAGCUAGCUGAUAAAAGGAAAAAUUCAACAGAGGGAGAAUAUAUCAAGAUGUUCAUGCGAGGUCGACCAAUCACAAUGUUCAUUCCUUCUGAUGUAGAAAACUAUGAUGAUAUUAGGACAGAGCUGCCUCCUGAAAAGUUAAAACUGGAGUGGGUAUAUGGGUAUCGUGGAAGAGACUGUCGAGCCAAUGUUUACCUCCUUCCUACCGGAGAAAUUGUAUAUUUCAUAGCGUCGGUGGUGGUACUUUUUAACUAUGAGGAGAGAACUCAGCGACACUACUUGGGUCAUACAGACUGCGUUAAAUGUCUUGCAGUUCAUCCAGACAAAAUUAGAAUUGCAACAGGACAGUUAGCUGGAGUGGAUAAAGAUGGAAGGCCUCUGCAGCCCCAUGUUAGGGUAUGGGACUCGGUGAGCCUGGUGACGCUGCAGGUUAUCGGCCUCGGGACUUUUGAACGUGGAGUGGGGUGUUUGGAUUUUUCAAAAGCGGAUUCUGGUACUCAUUUGUGCGUAAUUGAUGACUCUAAUGAGCAUAUGCUCACUGUGUGGGACUGGCAGAGGAAAUCAAAAAUAGCAGAAAUAAAGACUACAAAUGAAGUUGUUCUUGCUGUAGAAUUCCAUCCAACUGAUGCAAAUACCAUAAUAACAUGUGGCAAAUCUCAUAUAUUUUUCUGGACCUGGAGUGGCAAUUCAUUAUCAAGGAAGCAAGGGAUAUUUGGGAAAUACGAAAAACCCAAAUUUGUUCAGUGUUUGGCUUUUUUGGGAAAUGGUGAUGUGCUUACUGGAGACUCAGGUGGGAUAAUACUUAUAUGGAGCAAAACUACUGUAGAAUCUACUCCAGGAAAAGGACCUAAAGGAGUAUAUCAGAUAAGCAGACAAAUCAAAGCUCAUGAUGGCAGUGUGUUCACACUCUGUCAAAUGAGGAAUGGGAUGCUGCUAACUGGAGGUGGGAAAGACCGAAAGAUCAUCCUGUGGGAUCAUGAUUUGAAUCCCGAAAGGGAAAUAGAGGUUCCUGACCAGUAUGGAACAAUCAGAGCAGUAGCAGAAGGAAAAGCAGAUCAAUUUUUAGUGGGUACUUCACGAAACUUUGUUCUGCGGGGAACAUUUAACGAUGGUUUCCUAGUAGAGGUACAGGGACAUACGGAUGAACUCUGGGGACUGGCAUCCCAUCCUUUCAAAGACUUAUUUUUAACAUGUGCUCAAGAUAGGCAAGUGUGUAUGUGGAACUCUGUGGACCACACACUGGAGUGGACCAGGCUCCUAGAUGAACCGGGGCACUGCGCUGACUUCCAUCCCAGUGGAGCAGUGGUUGCGAUAGGAACACACUCGGGCAGGUGGUUUGUUCUGGAUGCGGAAACGAGGGAUCUGGUUUCAAUACACACUGAUGGCAAUGAGCAGCUCUCGGUGAUGCGCUACUCAGUAGAUGGCACCUUACUUGCAGUUGGAUCCCAUGACAACUUUAUUUACCUCUACGUAGUAACAGAAAAUGGAAGAAAGUAUAGCAGACAUGGAAAAUGCACUGUAAGUUUUGGAGCAAAUAUAAUCAGCAGUUCUCGCAUUUUGAUGUUAUACAUACGCUAA